AUGCGUUUCUCUACCGUUGCCGCCGCCCUCCAGGCCGUUGCCUUUGUUCAGGCUGCCGCUCUGCCGGCUAUGCCCGCUGGCGAGCUCAUCGAGCUCGUUAAGGACGAUACCAUCUCACUCCCUGGUGAUGCCACCGUUGAUCUAGUUGCCCGCAAGGAGGUCAACGAGGUUCACGCCAUCGAGAGCAUUGCCGAGCAGACCAACUCUGCCGACAAGAGUGUUGUC